AUAUGUAUGUGCAUAUCAAAUAUGUAAAGUAUGACAAACAGAGCCAGGCAACGGCUUCGAGUACUGCAAACAUUUCAAUGCUAACAAGGAACGUAAAUUCUCAACGGGCAAAGAGUGAACGUAAUUCUGUGCAAACGGUUCUAUAUGUUUUAAGAGAAUAACGCAAAGAGAGGCAGCGGAGAGUUGUCCAUGGCAAAGGAAAAAGUCCCAACGAAUAAAAGGGAGAAAAACGAGUACAACGAGUAAUCGAAGUAAGCUUUGGAAAAAAACAACCGAAGGCAACUAGGUUUUGUUUUCAAUGGUAACAACGUUUGAGAAUUUUGAAAAAAACUGUAGAUAGAAUUGUUAGCAGCAUAAAUUCAAUUUUUGGAAGUCGACGAAUAAAGUUCAACGAAAGCGACGGCAUUUUGUAACGGAGGCAAUCGAAUUUCAUCACUUUUCAACGUUUGUGGCAAAAAGUAAAACUGCUAAAGGAAAUAUGGGAAAGAUGAUAAAAUUGAAUUCGCUUAGGGUUGAUCAACUCAACAAAUUGUUACAAAACCAAGGUGCGGCGUUUAUGGGCAAUAAAACGGCGAAAGUUUUGGAGCUGAUUGAGAUAUACGGUCCUGAAGAUGUUGAUGCUGAAGAAGUUGAAGAAAUCACCGAAAUGUCUGCUAUGCAAAAGCAAAUGGACGAGAUGCGUGAUAUGAUUUCGGGGCUUGCCAAGUCUGUGAGUGAUCUUGUGGCAGUUCAGGCGGCAAUGUGUACGACACCACAACAUGAAAUUAAUAAUACAGCGACGACAAUAGGGUUAUCACCGUUGGGAACUACGACACAAAGUGAAUGGAAGCGAAGUACAGUCCACGAAAUCAAUGGAUUGUUAACUCAUCGGAACGUUAACUGCGGAGCAAUUUAUAGAAAAGGUAACGCAAUUACAACAGGCAUAUGGUUAGUGAACAAGCAAACGGAACAGUCGCAAGGAGGCGUAUAAAAAUCAUUUAAUUUCUUUCAAAUACAUUUUGUAUUCAUUCAAUAAUAAUUUUAAAUAAACUUUGUA